UUUUGUCAUUUCAUUUUCUUUUGAUUAAAUUAAUUUUCGACAAUUAACUUAGUAAAUGUUCCUUUGAUUAUGUUUCUGUAACUAUCGUCAUGUGUUUCUCAUGCUUUAUGAGUAACUUGAUGAUUCUCUUGUCAUCAUCUCCUUAAAAGGUAACAACUCUCAGUUGUUUCUCUCUCUCUUUCUAUAUCUCUCUCUAUGUUUAUUAUUACUCUUUGAGAGGAAACAAUUUUCUCUGAUUUUUUUCAAUCUCAUUCUGUUGUUUUCUUUUUUUUAUUAUCAUGGCGUCUGGUACUGAAUGGAUUGAUGCAUUGGAGAAACGAGGAAUCAUUAAAAAAGAUGAGCCUUUGGAACAAGAUUCUGAUACAUUUGAUAUUGAGGGUGGUUUCCAGGAGAGUAAUCAGGAUAAAAUAGUCAAUUAUUUUGAUCCAUCAAAGAAUUCAAAGAAUACUGAUCAAGAUACUGCUCCUUUAAGUGAUGAUGAUGAUGAUUUUCUUGACCAAUUAGGUGAAGAUGAUGAGAGAGCCUUUCUUGAGUAUCGACAGAAACGUUUGGCUGAAUUAAAGAUUCUAGAGAUGAAACCAAGAUUCGGUGAAGUAAUUGAAAUCACCAAACAGGAUUAUGUUGAUCAAGUUAAUAAAGCCGGUGAAGGUAUUUGGGUUGUGGUUCAUGUUUACAGAGAAAGUGACACUCUAUGUGCUUUAAUCAACAAUCACCUGAGACAAUUAGCGAUGAAGUUUCCUCACACUAAAUUCAUUAAAAGUUUGGUACAACUUUGUAUUCCCAAUUUCCCGGAAUCAAAUUUACCAGCAAUUUUUGUUUAUCAUGAAGGAGAAUUGAAGAAACAAAUUCUAGGAUCAGAUUCAUUUGGUUCCUCUAAACUCAAGCAAGAUGAAUUGGAAUGGAUUAUCUCGGAAACUGGAGCAAUUAAAACAGACUUAGAUUCAGAUCCUAGAAAGAAAUCAUUUAAAGCUCGUAAACAUUACACUUGCCUGGGCGUUGAUCGUGAUUCUGACAGUGAUUAAAUCAAGUGUGGUGAUUAAAUCAAUUUUCAUCUUUUCAACAAUCAAAAUUUGCAACUUAAAAUAACCAAAAUGGAAAAGAAUUGUCAACAAACUUGAUUCAUUAUCUUAUAACAAUUGUUACUGUUAUCUCUAGAUUAUGAAUAAGAGUCCAAAAUAAUUUAAACAAUUAA